AGGGGUUCAAGGUCCGAGUGAGAAACUGUAAGCGGGUUGAGCCUUAUCAGAAGAGGAGUUUCCAGCAGCCAGUUCUGUGCUGGAGACGAACAAACUCUCAGCUCAAGUUUUGUGGCGCGGCCAGCUGCACACAAUGAUCCCCACCGUUGCCUUCUGUACUCCAACUAUGCGCAAUUGCGCUUUUUUCAGAGGUUUAAAGCUUUUUCAGAGGCCAUGGACACGCCAGCCAGGACUACCUGCAGCCACUCGCGGCCUCCAUGUGGACGGUCCACCGAUCGUCCCCACUCUCACCACCAGCUAUGUCCAUGGCACGUCUUCCACUUCGCUGCUCCACAUGACGGUAGCAGAGAGCCUGCAGAGGUCGGUGGAGCGCUGGCCCGACAGAGAGGCCAUGGCUUUCCUACAAGAUGGAGUCCGCAAGACCUUCGCACAGUUUCAACAAGAUGUGGACCAGGCUGCAGCCGGGCUGCUGGCGCUCGGAAUGAAGAAAGGAGACCGGCUCGGCAUGUGGGGACCAAACACUUAUGAGUGGGUCCUGUUCCAGUUUGCAACAGCCAAAGCUGGGAUUAUACUGGUGGCUGUGAACCCAGCAUACCAGGUGCAGGAGGUGGAGUUUGCCUUGCGGAAGGUUGGGUGCAAAGCUAUAGUGUGCCCUACGCAGUUUAAAACCCUGAAUUACUGCAACAUGCUGAGGAAGAUCUGUCCAGAAAUCGAGACCUGCAGCCCAGGAGACAUCAAGAGCAGCAGACUCCCUGAUCUCCGCUCUGUGAUUGUUUUGGACAGCCGACAGCCGGGCAUGCUUCACUUUGACGACGUGAUGCAGGCCGGCGGCAGUCAGCACAUGCAGCAGCUUCAGGAUCUGCAAAAGAAGAUCUCGUUCGAUGACCCCAUAAACAUCCAGUUCACUUCAGGUACAACUGGAGCUCCAAAGGGUGCCACCUUGUCACAUCACAACAUCAUCAACAACUCCUACUUCAUUGGAAGAAGACUGGGAUACCACUGGAGACCUCACACUCGUGUCUGUGUGCCAGUGCCUCUGUACCACUGCUUCGGCUCUGUGGGUGGCGGGAUCUGCAUGGCCGUGCACGGCAUCUCCAUCGUCUUUCCUUCCAGGGGAUACGAUGGAAAGGCAAACUUGGCAGCUAUUGAGAGUGAAAGGUGCACCUUCAUCUAUGGCACGCCCACCAUGUAUGUCGACAUGGUAAACCAGCCGGACCUCGCUAAAUAUGACUUAUCAUCAGUGGAGGGGGGCAUCAUGGCUGGUUCGCCCUGCCCUCAAGAACUUGUGAAGAAAGUUGCAUCCAAUUUGGGUGUGAAGGAAAUAACAAUUGGAUAUGGCACCACGGAGAACAGCCCCGUGACGUUCCUCGCCUCCCCACUGGACAACGUGGAGAGAAAGACUGAGACUGUCGGCUACAUUACAGAUCACUUGGAGGCUAAAAUAGUGGACCCUACAACUGGGAUGGUCGUACCUCUGGGUACCUCGGGGGAGAUUAUGAUCAGAGGAUACUGUGUGAUGUUGGAAUACUGGGAUGACAAAGCAAAAACAGAUGAGUGCAUCACUAAAGACCGAUGGUACAAAACUGGCGACAUUGGCAGGAUGGAUGCAUACGGCUACUGCAGGAUAGACGGCAGGAUUAAAGACUUGAUCAUCAGGGGAGGAGAGAACGUUUACCCAGCAGAGAUCGAGCAGUUUCUGCACACACACCCCAAAGUUAAAGAGGCACAGGUGGUGGGAGUUAAAGAUGAGCGUAUGGGUGAGGAGAUCUGUGCCUGCAUCAAACUGGUGGACGGAGCAGACUGCACUGCAGAAGAAAUCAAAGCUUACUGCAAGGGACAGAUCUCCCACUUCAAGAUUCCUCGUUACAUACUCUUUGUAACCAGCUAUCCGCUCACGAUCACUGGAAAGAUCCAAAAGAACAAACUGCGUGAACAGGUUGAGAAACAACUGAAGGAGUGAAAAUGAAAAGCUAUGAACUGUACAGAGGGAAUUUCAUUAAUACGUGUGCAUGUGUAUAUAUCAGAUACCAAAGACACAAAUUGGGAUUGUCAGAAAUGGCCAACAGAAAACGCCUCAAGAUCUUAAAACAUCUGAAAAGACAACCUGAGCAUCCUGUGGAAAUUCGGCUGAAAUGCCACAUGGCUGUGUGUAUGACAAUGUAUACACCUGUACACCCCCCCCCCCCAAUACAGUAUCCUGCACUAUUUUAAGGGCCCUUUUUAAGUGGUUUUGGCUGUAUAGACAGGAGCAAAGUUGUAAAGUUUUUAAAAUUAUUUUUAAUGAUUGAAUUUGUAAAAUCCUACCGUUUUAUUACAUGUGAGUACCUGGAAUGUGAAUCCAACACUUGCAGGAAUGAUGUAAUUUGAGAUUUUUUUUAUUUUUAUUUUUAGUGCUGUUGAGGCACACGCUAAUUUUUAAUUUGCAAAAAUUUAUUAAAAAAAAUCUUCAUUAUAGGAACUUGAAAUAAACCUUUUUACAAAUUAUUAAAA